AUGCCUAUGCCAGGGGCCGACAAGACGACCGAAGCCAAAGAGGGUGUCCUCACCUACAUGCGCGCAUGGGGCGGUACGUCCUACAAUCCAUCCCAUCUUCCUCUACCAUCCAUCAACCAACUAACACAUGCUCUCACCACCACAGAAUCCUCAGUCCCUCCCACCGCCCUCGCAACCCUCAUCACAGCCCAACACUUCCGCCCCUUCCAAAAGCUACCCAUGCUCUUCGUCCCCGUCCUCCUCUUCUCCUCAUACCUGAACCUGAACGGCUUCCCUGUGGACUCGGCUGGCGUGACUUCUGCCUGGAGUGCUGCAUACUUGGUCGUCGCAAGGAGGAGAAAGCAGGCCUUUUCGAGCAAGUUUGGUGCUAGAGGUGCUAUUAGAGGUCUUACGCUAGGUCUUUGCGCUGCAAACAUUUUCAGUGGUGGUCUUGCAUACGUCUUUGGCAAGAGAGAGGCUCAGGAAGAGUGA